AUGCACACCACCUCGUCGGACAAGAAGCCUCCUGACCACAAGGCCGCGACGCCAGACUCCAACAGCGAGGAUGUGCAGCAGGGCCAGAUAGUUCCGAUUCAACCUGCCCUCGGCGAUGGCCCCAUGCCGCAGUCGUUCUCUACCCUCUCUUCUCUCGGCCUUGCUUUCAGCAUCACCGGGUCCUGGGUCGGAUACCUCAGCUGUUUCGGCCAGAACCUGCAGUACGCCGGGCCCCAGAAUGUUGUAUUUGGACUGGUCGUCGCGACCUUUGUCCAGUGGGUCAUUACAUUAGGGCUGGCGGAGAUUGCGUCUGCGUUUCCUACUAGUGGAGGCCAGUACCACGCCGUCUACCUGCUGGCCACCGACCGGUACCGACGACCUCUCUCCUACCUCUGCGGCUGGUUCGCCAUGCUGGGAUGGUGGAUCAUCACCUGUUCGGGGCUGGUGCUUGCCUCGACUUCCAUCCUCGGUCUUGUGGCGUUUUGCUUCGACGGCUUUGUGAUGACGGCUUGGAGGACGUAUCUUGUCUAUCUGCUCGUGAUGGCUGUGACUGUGGGUGCUGAUAAAGCCGUCACCACAGCAAGCCCCAUUUUUAUCCGAAGCAGAAUGGUCCCCUGGGUCACGCAGAUGUGCCUGUAUGUCUCCGUCGCCGGCUUUCUGACGAGCCUUGUGCUUGUCCUCGCAAAGCACCAGCAUUUUCAACCGGGCUCGUAUCUCGUCGACCCCCCAAGCGGCUCAAGCGGAUGGCCUACAGCGUUUGCUUGGAUCCUGGGUGCUGGGAACUCGAUGUACGCAUACGUCGGGACCGACGCGGCCACCCACAUCGCAGAGGAAAUGCCCCAACCCGGUCGGCGUAUUCCCCAGAUCAUGAACCUGACAAUGCUCAUCGGUGUCCUCUCUGCCCUUCCGCUUUUUGUCGCUAUGAUGUAUACAAUGACCGAUGCUGAGCGCGUCGCCACGGCUCCGCUCCCAGCAUUGGAGGCAUUCUAUCAAGCAACAGGUAGCAGAGCCGUCGCCAUUGUGAUCCAGGUCUGGGUGACCACUGUCUAUGUUGCGAGCAUAACAUCCCAGUGGGUGACGUCUGGACGGAUGGCUUGGGCCUUUGCUCGCGAUAACGGCCUUCCCUUCUCCAGCACUUUCGCAAAAGUCAACGCGCGCACAGAGUCCCCCCUCAACGCGACCUGUCUCUCACUUGCCUUUGCAACCGUGUACGGACUGCUCUAUCUCGCCUCGACGAAUGCCUUUAACUCGAUUACCACAUCGGCGGUCCUCUACCUGAACAUCAGCUAUGUCAUCCCACAAGCAAUCCUCCUCGCUCGCGGUCGGUCAAUCCUACCGAAAUCUCGGUAUCUCAAUCUGGGAUCUCUGCUCGGUACUUUCUGCAAUGCUUUUGCAGUCGUUGCCGUGUCGCUUCUCGUUGUCUUGUACAGCUUCCCCACAACACUCCCGACGACCGUGGCCUCCAUGAACUAUUCCAGCGUGGUGCUAGUGGGGUUGGUCUUGGUGAUUGUUGGCGUAUGGAAGGUGAUUGGCCAUGACUUUCAUGGCCCGAAUGUGGACUUGGAGGGGUUGCGCCUUUUGCUGUAG